CCCGUGCAUUGUUUUGAUGCCAAUAAAGAUUGUUUCGGUUUUGUUUACAAUCAGCAGCUGAUUUUGACAGAUACACAAAACAAUCGAUGCAUUUAAGCGUGUAAAUAAUCAGCAGAGCAAUUUUAACCUUGGAGAUGAAUUCAGUGACAGCAGUGAUAAAAAGCGUAGGUCCAAAAUUAGUUCCAUUUUUUAAAACAGUUGCAAUUUACUUUGUAAUCUUCAUACCAGCUGAUAAACCAUCCAUUUUUGGAGCCUUGUUGAAAUGUUUACCGAUUCUGAGUUUGAUGCUUUUUGUUCUACUUCAUGGAAUGUCCUUUGGAGAUGAAUAUAAAUACUCGAGAAGGAUACUCCUAGGACUAUUUUUUUGUUGCCUAGGCGAUGCAUUUUUAAUAUGGCCCAAUUAUUUUGAAGUUGGCAUGCUAUGCUUUGCGAUUGGCCAUGUUCACUAUAUUUUUGCAUUCGAUUUUAAACCUCUUAAUCUUAGAUUAGGAGCUGUGGUUGGCAGUACUGGAGCCUUAGCUAUAUCUUAUUUACUGCCUGGAUUAAACGGUGUUCUAGCAAUUUGUGUGCCAAUAUACACUACAAUCAUUACUGUAAUGACUUGGAGAAGCAUUGCAAGAGUUCAAUUUUUUGAGGAUUUGUGGACAUGGAGCAAGCUUUGCAGUUGUGUUGGAGCGAUAUUUUUUGCAGUGUCCGAUACUAUUCUAGCCAUUGAUAAGUUUAGACAUAACUUUGAAUAUGCCCAGGUUUUGGUUAUGCCGACUUAUUAUGCAGCUCAAUUGGGUAUUGCUUUAAGCGUUGUGGAUUCAAAAUCUUCCAAGAUAAAUUAAAAACUAAUCCGAUGGAUUUAUUUUGAAUUUAUGUAUUCUAAUACCAAAAAAUAGUUCCUACAUAUACCGGAAUUAAAUUUUAAUCUCUUUACAUUUAGACUGAUUUUUGUUUAAUUGUUAUUUAGGUAAUUUUACUAAUAUUGUAUCACCCAAUUUUUUAGCGACCUAAAGGUUGUC